UGAUGAGCAAGCAGCAUCGUGUAGUGGGCGUGUUAGUGAAUGACCGAGGGGAUCAACCCAGUUUGUUUUGGAGCGGGGAAGGAGGCAGCCAUGGGGGGAAGAGCAGCAGUCCAUGAGGAGCAGCCGGGCCGGCCAGAACCCACUGGACGGAAUCGAGAUGCACUCCCAGCUCUCUCGUGACACACUAUGGGUCCCGCUGCUCGGCCUCACGAUGCUCUUCCUCCCGGUGGUGUACGCUGCCAAAUGCCCCCAGCAGUGCGUGUGCGACCAGAUCCAGCUAACAGUCACCUGCGUCAACAAGAACCUGACUGAGGUUCCUCCCACAGUGGACGAGAUCACGGUGAAAUUGGAUCUUCGAGGGAAUGACAUCCAGGAACUCCCUACCAGAGCGUUCAGACACACCCCGUACCUGACUCACCUGUCUCUGCAGCGCUGCAACAUCCGUAGGGUGAAGGAGGGUGCGUUCCGAGGCCUCGGUCGCCUGGUCUUCCUCAACCUGGCAAGCAACAACAUUGACAUCCUCUACCAGGAGUCCUUCGAUGGUCUUUCCUCACUGAAGCAGCUCAUGAUAGACCGGAACCGAGUUGAGGAAAUCCAGCCCGGAGCCUUCUCCCAACUAGGCUUCCUGAACCUGCUCUCGCUUACACACAACCAACUCGUCUACAUCCCCAACAUGGCCUUCCAGGGCUUGCAGAACAUCAAGUGGCUUCGUCUCAGUCACAACUCUUUAAACUACUUGGACAUUGAAGCCUUCGCUGGCUUGUUCACGCUCAACCGGCUCAGUCUAGACCACAACGAGCUACAGUUUUUCCCCACCGAGACCAUGACCAGAUUGGCAGAAGUGACCCGCCUGGAUUUGAGCUACAACCCUAUGACGUACCUGGGCGAGGAGUCGGUGUCCAUGGCUAAACUGAGUCACCUCUUCCUGGAUCACAUGUCCCUACAGGACCUGGCCAACACGGCCGUAUCCAAGUCCCCCAGCCUCACCCAUUUGGACUUAAGCCACAACCAGCUACGUGUCAUCCAACCGUUCUCGGGAGGCACCCCUAAACUGGCUCGGGUCCACCUGACUGGAAACCCCAUCUACUGUAACUGCUACAUGCGUCCACUCAGGGAGUGGGCAAUCCGUAGUAAGGUGAAGCUGGUAGGCACAUGCGCGGGACCUUUACACCUUUCCGGAGAGAUCCUGGAUGCUGUCCACCCUCCAGAGCUGCGCUGUCAGAGCCAGGAGGCCAUGCUGAAGGCAGAGUUUGAAGAGGCAAGUAGAAGAGCGCCGCCACCCACUGAGGAGCCGGAGAACAAAGUCAAGUGUCCCUCUAACUGUGUCUGUGAGGCCGAGACGCACCAUUCCUCCUGUGAGAACCGCGGUCACACCAAAGUCCCUCGGGGUUUCUCUCCGGCCACGCGCCUCCUCGACCUACGCGGCAACAACUUCCACUACAUCCCGAGCAACAGCUUCCCCGGCGUCUCGCAGGUGGUGUCGCUGCACCUGCAGCGCUGCAAGGUGGUGGAGGUGGAGGACGGCGCUUUCAGCGGCAUGAAGGGCCUCAUCUACCUGUACCUCUCAGAGAAUCACAUCUCAUCCCUCAGGCCUGAAGCAUUUAAGGGACUCCCUCAGCUGACUUACCUUCACCUGGAGAAGAACAGCUUCACCAUCUUCCCGGAAGGAGCCUUCAAACUGCUUCCAGGCCUACUCGCGCUUCAUAUGGAAAACAACUCCAUCGCCAAGCUCGAGGCGAACGCCCUCAAGGGCGCCGAGAGCCUCAGGGCCCUCUACCUCACGGGGAACGUUAUUAACCACGUGUCACCUAAAGCCUUGGAGCAGGCCACUGACCUCGAUACGCUCCACCUGGCAGCGAACAAGCUGAAAGACGUGCCCACUGAAGCCUUGAGAAAUUUGGAAAACAUGAAGGACCUGAGACUGUCGGGGAAUGCCAUUCGCUGGGUGGGGCCAAAUGCCUUCCAGCCUUUGGGGAAAUCGCUGAGGGAGCUUUAUUUGGAUAAUAUGGGGUUGGAGAAGAUGUCGCAGAGCUCCCUGGCAGGCUUGGGUCCAGGUUUGAGGAGUCUCUUCCUGGAGGGCAACAAACUGGAAGAGGUGCCGGACCUCCAUCCACUCUCCUCUUUAGAGGUCAUCAACCUGGCCGACAACCCACUGAUGUGCGACUGCCCUCUGCUGCCGCUACGCCUCUGGAUUGAGAAAGUCAACCUAAAAGUACGAGCCACCUGUGCCAACCCACCCGAGCUAAGGGGUCGUAGAGUCAAAGACGUCCAUGUUUUCAAGGCCUGUCCAGGAGGAGAAGCUCUCCCCUUUGUUCCUAGCGUGGCCCCAAAGCGCGCUAAGACGCCCAAGGCGACGAAACCCAAGCCGAUGCACCUCGGAGGCGUUAAGCAGGCCAAGAUGUUCAAAACCAAAUCCAAACCUCGCAAGGGCCCAAAGAUGAAAGGGGGCAAGAAAAGGGCAUGAACCUGGUGUGUGGUUACUAAACCAAACCAACAAUAUUUUUUUGUUUGCAGUAUGUCCUCAGCUAAAAGUCUUCAUAGCAUUAGAUUCUCAACGAUGGGCAAUUUUUUCCAAAACUUUAGCAUCUUUCGUGGUCAUAUAGAAUGGACAAUUGGCCUGAUGCUGGCAACCACUACACAGCAAUUCAUUUGCUAAGCUUAGAGGAGACAAAUAAAUUGACUUUAUUGUUUAUAUACAAAUAUUUGGGUCUCUAGAGUGCAUGGCCACACAUUAAAAUUUUACAACCAACUAAAUUUGUUAUCUGCCUAUUUUGGAAACUAUGCGCUGCACUUCUGCAUUUCCAAGCCUCUACUAAGAGCAGUGGCGGUCCUAGCUUAAAUGGCACGCUAUGCGAGACACCCCUUUGGCCUCCACCAACACGCGGACAAGCACACUCGCCCAAAAAACAACAAUAACAACAACAACAGACUGGACUGACUCUGGUGAAUGGAAUAAUCAUUGAAUUAUUAUCAUAUACAAAUACAGCAACAGCAAAGCUGUAAAGUUCAGGCAAAGUUGAAAUGAGGGGAACAAACAAACUUUAUGGCAAUAACAAACUUUGUUUCAUAUCAUUCUGAAUUUUAUAUUAGGAUACAGUAUGUGCCCUGCAACUGACUAGUGGCUAGUUGUGGGUUGCCUGAAUGUGGCUGGGAUCAUCCCCAGCAAAUAGAUGAACUUAGAUUGUUGUUACUCUUCUAUAGAGGACAAAUUAACCAUACUAACACCAUCAAUUGGUGUCUUAUGCCAUGACACAAUAGAAUAACAUCCAACAUCUUGUUUUCCCCCUUUUUUUGUGGUGUGGUAGCAACCUGUGCAACGGCACGUAACGCACAUGCCAGAAAUCACAACUGCUGGCAGGCAAGCAUUUGGAACAUGACCUUUCGGUGGGUACUGUGGGAUCCAACUUAAUUGAAAUUACAUGAGAAAUGUAGAAACCAUAAAUAUUAUACAAAAGCAAUAUAAAAGCAUAUUAAUAUCCUAUAUGGAUAGACUAGAACAAAAUUAAUAUUUGCCUAAUACGACAAAAACAUACCAAAGU